AUGUCGUUUCGAAAGCGUAAUGUUGUCAUUGGGGCCCCAGGAGCUUCCUCGCCCAUUCCUCGACAGGAGAGGUCUCUUUCUCUAGGAACAAGACCGUCACCAUUGGAUGGUCGAUUGACGACAUCUACAGGCACACAAUCCUUGGACCAACUCUUGUCGGGCCACGCCGGAAUGCCCAUGGGAACUUCUCUACUGAUCGAAGAGACUGGAACAACAGAUUUCGGGGGUGUGCUGUUGCGAUACUACGCUGCUGAAGGGCUUGUGCAGGGACACCAAGUACAUCUUUUAGGUUUUGGUGAUGCUUGGAGGAGAGAACUUCCUGGGCUUGGCAACCCUGAGAGCUCUAAGAAGACUAAAUCGACUGCAUCCUCUGAAGACAAGAUGAAAAUCGCUUGGCGUUAUGAGACACUUGGACAACGAAACAUUCCUGCUAGAGAUACUCAAGGAUCAGCAAACCCUACCCAGACACCAAACACCUUUUGUCAUGGUUUCGACCUGACCAAGCGUCUUGAGAACAGUGCUAUCAAGGGUCACUUACAUGCGAUGCCAGUAGAAGGCCCCUUGGCUUCUCCCACACAUACACCAUUCCAGAAGUUUGUCACCGAGGUCACUUCCAAGAUUAAAAACUCACCCCCAUCCACCAUUCAUCGGAUUGUUGUGCCCAGUCUUCUCUCGCCUACACUUUACAACUCUGCCGCCAGUCAACCUAGAGAGAUCCUCAAGUUUCUUCAUGGUUUGAGGGCACUCCUGCGCCAGUUUCCAGCUCAAGUCACAGCUUUUGUAACGAUUCCAGUCACACUGUUUCCACGUUCGACAGGAUUGACUCGAUGGGUGGAGCUUUUAUCUGACGGGGUUCUUGAAUUAAUUCCUUUGCAACAUCAAGGUCCAGUUGUUCGGGAACCUGGCAGUGAGGAUAAGGGACAGGGACUUCUCCGUGCCCACAGCUUACCGGUAUUCCACGAGAAGGGCGGCGGACUGGAGGGUACCUGGAACCGAGAGAACCUCUCUUUCAAGCUAAGCAGUUCCAACGGGCUGGUAAUAACACCCUUCAGUCUUCCACCGAUUGGCGACGACGAAGAGCCGACCAAAGCAGCCAAACCGAACGAGCCCAAGAAGGAGACACUGGACUUUUAG